CAAGGCAUGCCAGGCAUCAAGGAAGCCGUACACGAAUUUUGCCAGCGCGGAUACAUCAUUGAAGAGUACAAAUACAGCAGCUCGGGCCCGGCGCAUAUGCCCGUGUUCCAAUGCACGCUCGACUUGGACUUGAAACGGGCAGGCAACUUCCGUGCAACGGGGAUGGGCCGAAACAAGCAAGAGGCUCAGGCCGAGUGCGCUGGCGAGAUGGCGUCGCUCUUGUACAACGCCGAUCUUUUCGAGCUCACGGCCGUCGAACUCCGCCAGCGCAUGGAAGGUCGAUCUAUCAAUGAAAGCUCGUUCAUGGCCGCAAGGUACACGGUGCCAUCACACUCGACCGUGUCGAGUACAGACGCUCCCAAUCACUCUUUUGCUCCUUCGCCGUCCGUUCCGUCGCCUCCCAUUGCACGAACACUUCCAGUCUCUCCAGCGGCAACAACGCCACACGCAGACCACGUGUACUAUGCUCCCAGCUCCCAUCCGCAAAGCCCAGCAUCUUCAUCCUACUCUAACUUCAACACCCCCGGUCCUCAGCCACCUUACAACCCGAGCCAGCGAAGUACGCCGCCAUUUGCGCCACCACACAACGCCCCCGAGUAUGCCUCAUUUCCUCGAACCGCCAGUGGCAAUUGGCCUUCCCUGACUCUUCGCCGCCUGGACAGCCAUCGGCAGACACUCAUCGAGCUGCAACGCAUCUGGGGCUCGCGUCUUGUGGUGAACGAAUUUGAGCGUCGCGCAUCGGGCCCGCCGCACAUGCCUGCCCACACGAGCCGGCUGACUGGGAAGAUCAUGCUACCGAGCGGAGAACUCCCGCUUGUUGCAGCAUAUACGCAAGCGCGCGCCAAGGAUGCGGACAAUCUGUGCUACGAGUCAGUGCUCGUCCAAAUCGAGCAAGCCUUUGCAAGAGAGAAUGGGAGGGGGCAGGUCAAGCGCGAGCCAGACUUUCAGGCUGCAUCUUCCGCUCCUCCCACCCAGCGUGCGACUCCUGAUGGAUAUGCCAGCGGCGCACCGCCACCACCGACCUCGUCCUACAACACCCAUGCUUUCAACACCAACGCGCACGUCCAGAACACGGACGCCCAGACAAACGCUCCACCCCGACACCACGGUGGCUACGACGCUCGGAACUACGGGGGCGGUUACGAUGAUGGAAGUUACGGUGGCGGUCAUGAGACUCGGAGCUACGGCCAGGACCGGUACCAUGCUGGUUUCAACGACCCACGAGGAUACGGCAGCCAUGAUAUGCAUGCGCAGUCCUAUGACAACGUAGUUUAUGCUCAAGGCGGCGGCUUUCAGCCCAGUCAAUCCCCAGUCUAUCAAGGUGGCUGGCAGAGGUCUUCCAGCAGCGAUCCCUACAGCAACAGCAACAGCAACAGCAAUACCAGGAGCCCUUACCACUACAACAACGACAGCACCAGCGGCUACGAUGGAUACAAUGACAGUCACCACAGUGGGCAUCCAGGCAACUAUGCCGCACCACCUCCCCGGCCUGCUGGCAACACUCCGAACACCUACCACAGUAGUAACCCUGCAUAUCGCCACGACUUGACGCCACAGGCUGCCUUCACCCCGCAGGCUGCGAGCGGUGCGCCGUUCCUGGAGCCUGACCUGCAAUCAAACGAAGCAGUUUUCCCCAGCGAAUCUGGCGCCGAUGAGACGUCACAAUCCAUCACGUCUCCCAGUGGAUUCGUGUCCAACACUGCCAAAGCAACGCUCUUGUUGUACUGCACUCGUGUCAAAGCUCGACCAGCAGAGUUUCAGAGCUAUCGUAAACAAAUCUAUCCUGGCGUCGCUGGCGUGUUUGUGUCCAAAGUGAGCGUACCAGGCCACGGCGAGGAUUUUGAAGGCAAAACGUUUACGGGUGUCGCCGAAGCGUCUCGCAAGAGCGCAGCAGAAAACCUUGCAGCGAUGAAUUUGCUCGAGCAGCUGCAACAAGCCGAUCUGCUCGCUCCUCUGCGCGUCUUUCCGCCUUCGCAGACUGCGCCUCAAGAGCGCGAUCCAAACGAACCCGUGCUGAUUCGCCUCCCUGAUCAUCUUGAGCGAGAGCUUGCAGCUCUGGCUGGCGACUUCCAGCCUCUGCCAGCUACUUACACGCGGAACACUGGCACGCCCGGCAUUGACACUGCAGUUGACGAGGACGAGCUGUUUGGCGACGCUGCGGGCUCUGUCACACAAGGGCGCGGGGGUCGUGCCUGGGACACGCGUGUCGUGUCGCCUCCCACCGAAUUAGACCAGGUCCGAGCCCAAAGCAGACUGGAAUGCCAGCUGGACAACUUGAUCCAACAAUUGGACGCGGGCGGCGACCUGCCUCCAAGGUUUUCAUUGCCGACCAUGCUCCGUGCCGACGAAAUCACCAAAAUUGUCGAACAGAAUGAUGUCACCAUCGUUACCGGCGCAACAGGCUCUGGAAAAACAACCCAAGUUCCACAGCUCAUCCUCGACAAGUACACCCAGGACGGCAACGGAGGUCGUUGCCACAUCCUCGUCACUGAGCCAAGGCGGAUUGCGGCGAUUGGAGCUGCUGCGCGCGUUGCCGAGGAGCGAGGAGAAACGCUGGGGCAGUCUGUUGGUUACUUUGUUCGGCACGAUUCACAACUUCCUCCGUCCAUUGCAGGAACGAUCGUGUUUUGCACUUCAGGCGCCUUGUUGCGUCGCUUGGCCGUGGAUCCAACGCUCGUCGGCGUCACUCACCUGAUUCUGGAUGAAGUCCAUGAGCGGGACAUUGCUUCCGAUUUCACUUUGACGCUCAUUCGCACCUUGUUGACUUCCGGAAAGCGCAACGGGUCUCAGCUCAAGGUCAUCCUAAUGUCCGCAACUGUUCAUGCAGAGCGUUUUCUGGAGUACUUUAAAAGCGCUGGCCUGCGCUGCGGCGGCAUCACGGUCGAGGGCCAGUCCUUCCCCGUUCGCUCCUUCUACUGGCACGAUUUGUUUGACACUGUCCGAGCUCAAGCCAACUCGAGUCUGCUCGCACAUUCGAGUCGCGAGUCGUUCACCCAGCAGUUUGAAGACCAGCCUCUGAGUGCCAACUAUGCUGCGUUGGUCGAUGUGAUUCGGUUUGCCAUACGCACCGUUUCUGGUGUUGUUUUGGUCUUCCUGCCUUCCUGGGAUGACAUUCGGACACUUCUCUCCAUGACCCAGGGGUGGUCGCGCACGCAGUUUUUGCCACUUCACUCUACUCUAAGCAUGCAGGAGCAGCAAUUGGUCUUCAGCCCCGUCCCAGCAGGAUUUAUUCGUGUCAUUCUGGCCACCAACAUUGCUGAAACGAGUAUCACCAUCGACAACGUGGAGGCUGUUAUUGACACUGGCCGGGUGCGUGAAAAGAGCCACGCUGGGUUUUCGGCAUUGGGCAGUUUGACCACGCGCUGGAUCUCCAAAGCCAGCAUGAUGCAACGCAAAGGACGCGCUGGUCGUACUCGUCCAGGCAUCUGCUACCACAUGUAUUCAAGUCACAAGGCGUCAACGCUUGACGAGUUUGCGCGACCCGAGAUUCUGCGCUCGCCACUGUACGACACUUGCCUGUACAUCAAGCUACUCGAAUUGGGCUCUAUCCGCACAUUUCUCUCGCAAACACCAGAUCCGCCGGAAUCCGUGCAAGUCAGUUUGGCACUGGAAACGCUUGUUGACAUGGGCGCUCUCGAGCAACCUGGAGAAAUUCUCACUCCGCUUGGCAAGACACUGGCUCAGCUGCCAAUCGAUCCGCGCUAUGGCAAGCUGCUUAUUUAUGCGUCUGCAUUCAACGCACUGGACUUUGCUCUGCCUGUCGCUGCCAGCGCCAAUACCCGCGACCCAUUCUUGACCAUGUCCUCGAGCGAAACUGCCAAGGCGCGAGCGAUUGCCCUCAAGCAAGCACUCGCCUUCCGCACCUCGUCGGAUACUGUUGCGAUCGCCGCAGUGUACCAGCGCUACUUGGCAACCACCUCCGCAAAGCCAAGCUCGAGCUCGUCAGCGCCCUCUGUCAAAACCGAGCCAAUUGACGCCAUGGACGCGUCGGCGGUCGACACCGCGUCCGACCCGCUGGACUUUGCCUUGGUAUCGAGUGACGUUCUCCACUCCAUGCGCAAGACUGUUCAGCAGGUUUCGGAGGCACUCACCAAUCUCAACGUUCGUCAACCAGCGGUGGCGAAUCGGCCCAGCGGCACCUCGGGUGUCAAGUUUGGCGAACUUUCGGAGGCGGUGUCGACUUCGGAUCGUUUGAACAGUGCCGCCAUCCUCAGCGCGCUUCUUUGUGCAGCGCUGUUCCCCAAUGUGGCCGUGUAUCGCAAAAAGAAGAACUGUAUUACGCGACAUGCCCGCAAUGCCAUCUUCCACCCGUCCUGUGUCUCGUACCAUCGCGAUCCCGCCGCCAGCGGGCCAAUGUUUCCGUUUUUCAUGUUUGAGGAGCAAGUGCGUGCUGCUGACGAGGCUUCGGAUGGAGUCACCAGCAUCCGCUCCACGACCAUGGUUUCGCCCUUGGCCCUCAUUCUUUUCGGCAAAGUGACGGCUGUGCAGCAGUGUGCGUUGCCCCCUGACGUCCAGCACUCCCAUUUCGAAUCCUCACCCUCGGACUCUUCAUCCGCUCCUCAACGAUCCGCCCAGCUUCCCUCGAUCUAUCGCCGCUCCACAGCUGCGCAGCACUCCGCUGCAGGAUCCCACCAAUCUUCUUCCAACAUCGGCGAAAUUCAUCUGAGCUUCCCGCUGCCGCGUUUUCUUGUGCGCUCCCAGGCCACCGCGCGCCAGCUUGCGUGGCUCAACGAGGCAAUCCGUACCACUAUCAUGAAUAUGGUUGGAGCGACCGAUACCCCUCGAAGUCAACGAGAGCAACGCGUGAUCACACUUGCAACGCAGCUCGUGUCCAGAGAAUGGACGUCCGCAUUUGCGACGUGAUUCAUUUUUUCGGCACAAGCUCCAAGUGUGCACACGUACUGUUCCCUUUGGCUUUUGUUCGUUCGCUUCGUCCGCCCUCCAACAACAAAUCGCAUUUUUUUAAAUCAUGGAUUGAUCAAUUGACUAUUUCUCGAUGGAUUGGCGCAGCUUUUCUUCUUGGCACUGACAAGCACGACCGGAUUGCGCAGGAGCUAUCUCGUCUUGCAUCUCAUUGACAAGAAGGCGAGCUGCAUGUCCAAUCGACCAUCAACUCUUUGUUUUCCCCGAAUUCAUUUUUCUCUUCUUGUUUUUCUUUUUUUUUUUGUCUUUUUUUCUUUGCAUGUGUGUGUUUGUGUGUG